CAUUAUGCGGAAACUAAAAAGUCAAAUUAAGGGGCAAAUUAAAACAGAGUUGGGUCCCACGAGAGCGAGAGUUUCAACCUGGUGGGCCCACGCUACCAAGAUUCCUUCCUUCCCACACGCUCACUUCAUCUAUUUAUACAGACACCAAAGCAAAAGAAAAAAAAAACCCAGAGACAUAUUUCGAGACCGAAGCUUCCAAAACUCCAACUGAAGAAGAAGAGAGAGCUUGUGGAAAUGGGGAACUAUAAGUUCAGAUUCUCCGACAUGAUCCCUAACGCUUGGUUCUACAAACUCCGAGAUAUGUCUCCCAACUCGUUAUCAUCGCCAUCGUCAUCAUCUCAUCAUAAACAUCAUGAUUCCCACUUCCACACCCCAAAUCAUCAUCACUUCUCUGGAUCUUUUGCUCAUCCUAGAAAAUCUCACUACUUCACUCGAGACCUUCUUCACAUCCCCCCCUCAAAUUCUCUCGAACAGGGCCGUUCCACCACUUCCGACGGCGAAGUUCCCGCGUUACUACUCCCUCCCAUCAAAACCAAGCCGGUCCAGGACGCGGAGGCUUCUCCAAACGCAAACGCCAACCGCAGGAAACCCAACGUAACAACUUCCUCGGGGGUGAGGCUAAGACCUAACUCGCGUCGGAGGGUGUUUACCGGAAAGGGAGUGAAAACCGUACGGCCUCCGGCCUCCGCAGGAUUUUCCGACAGCUUCGUGGUGGUGAAAACGUCAAUGGAUCCGUACGGAGACUUCAAGGCGUCGAUGAUGGAGAUGAUCGUUGAGAACCGCAUAAGGGCAAAGAAGGACCUCGAGGAGCUUCUCGCUUGUUAUCUCUCCCUGAAUUCGGAUGAGUAUCAUGAUAUCAUCAUUAGGGUUUUUAAACAGAUAUGGCUGGAAUUUAUUUGUCCACGCUCAAACUAAUUAAGUGCUAGCUGUUCUACUCUGAAAAAUGCCAAAAACUAUGGUUUUGUUGGUAGUUUGUUUGUAUAUAUGUUUAUCUACUUUUCAUGAAUUUGGCAUCUUUUGUUUCUCAAAGUUCGUAUAUAUAUGUAUAUACGCAUAUACGUACAUGUCUCUGUGCGUACAUGCGUAUAGUUUUGUGCAUUCUUGCAAUGGA